AUGGGUAUUGAGGUUGGAAAAAGAAGACUUGUGUAUACAACAUCUAGAAACAACGACCGUAAUUUGGACUUCCUCAAAAGAAGACGUAUUGAAGAUUCUUCUAGUAGCAGUGACCAUGAGGACAAUCAACGGGGAAGCCUUUCAUCAUCAUCGUCAAGUGAAGAAGAUAGCGAUCGUGAUGAUUCACACGUAUCUUUGAGACAGAGUGUGGAUGACAGAGAUUUAGAAAUCACAAAAAAAAGGGAGGAAAUCUUGGACACUUCUGAAAUAAAACCAAUUGAGAGGCAGAAGAAAUCCUAUGACGAUGAGCAAGGAGACGUGGAUCAAAUAUGCAAAUGGUUUAUGGACCGGUACAAGUUUCCCAAGAUUUUGUAUGCCUCUGAAUUGCUCGAAAAAGCGACACCGUUGUUGCCCAUAGUGAGGGACAUGUAUCGAGGGCUUGUCGAUUCUCACUAUAAAUUCGAAGCCAAUGAGAUGAGGCAGUCCUCGCAGAGGGCGAUUUUAUCUGUACAAGAAUUUAGAAAUAUGGAUCUCACUAAAUUUACGGCUGGUUACUAUGGUAUGAAAAGACAGUUCCAGAUUGGAGAGGUUAUUUUACAAAAAUACAAAUCCUUCCUCUUGAGGAGACAAGGAGAUACGAUGAAGUGGUGGGGGGUAUCAGAUUUUGCCCAUUACGUAUUAGCGCCGGAGGUGCUGGUAUCGUUAUGCAUUAAAGAGAUGCAAUUGAGUGAUGACGUUUAUGAUAAGAAUGCAAGGGAAAGAGCUUAUGACAUAUUUGUCAAUACGGUGAAAUUCGGCACUUUAGUAGCAGAUCAAAGUCCGUUGGAGCCAUGGGAGGUUACCCCGUGA